AAAUAGCGCAGGCAGGGCUCGGAGACAUAGCAAUUCAUACAAGCUAAGCAAAGAACAACUUCGUAUCCCAAGUCUUUUAGUUCAUCCAUUUGCUUCAUCAAUCAAUCACCAUGUCUAGCACCUGCGACAACUGCGACUGCGCUGACAAGACCCGGUGUGUCAAGAAGGGAAGCAGCUACACUGCUGACAUCGUUGAGACUGAGAAGAGCCAUGUCUCCACUGGAGUCAUGGAGGUUCCAGCAACCGAGAACGAUGGCAAGUGCAAGUGCGGCGCUAACUGCACUUGCACUACCUGCACAUGCGGUCAUUAAGCACGUAAACCGUCAUGUGUGUGGCGUAGGGAUCGAGUCGACUAAUAAUGUAAUCUGUGUCCUUCUGCUAUAGUACUUGUGGAAGGAAAAAAAAAAGGUGACAGUGAUCAGUGUCUUAUGUUUGUGUCUUCUUCUUCUUCAAUGUUAUGUAAGGGCCAUGUCUAUGGCCUUAUGUGUGGUUUAAUGGAAUAUUAUUGAUAUAGUA